GGACUUGGCUAGAUCUCCCAAGCCUUCUCCACUCUUCAAACUUUCACCAAACUCUUGGCCCCCGCCUCCCCGAAACCAAAACACAACAAGCACAGGAGGAGCGGCGCGGCGGGGCGGGCGGACUCGCGGCGGCACUGAGCCUCAGGAGGCUGAUGCAACUUUCCCUUUAAGAAAGCCACCUGGGCGCACCGCGGUGCGGACCCAGCGAGCCUGGGCCGGGGGCUGCAGCAUGCUCUUGAGGCCUUUGCUCUGAAAGGUGCUAGAAACAGAGCCUGUGAGUGUGGUCCGGGACUGCAGAGCCCCUAACCCACCACCACCAUGGUAGGAAAAGGUGCCAAAGGGAUGCUGAAUGGUGCUGUGCCCAGUGAGGCCACCAAGAAGGACCAGAACCUCAAACGGGGCAACUGGGGCAACCAGAUCGAGUUUGUACUGACAAGCGUGGGCUAUGCCGUGGGCCUGGGCAAUGUCUGGCGCUUCCCAUACCUCUGCUAUCGCAACGGGGGAGGCGCCUUCAUGUUCCCCUACUUCAUCAUGCUCAUCUUCUGCGGGAUCCCGCUCUUCUUCAUGGAGCUCUCCUUCGGCCAGUUUGCAAGUCAAGGCUGCCUGGGGGUCUGGAGGAUCAGCCCCAUGUUCAAAGGUGUGGGCUACGGCAUGAUGGUGGUGUCCACCUACAUCGGCAUAUACUACAACGUGGUCAUCUGUAUCGCCUUCUACUACUUCUUCUCGUCCAUGACGCCCGUGCUGCCCUGGGCCUACUGCAGUAAUCCCUGGAACACGCCCGACUGCGCCGGUGUGCUGGAUGCAUCCAACAUCACCAACGGCUCCCGGCCUCCCGCCCCGCCCAGCAACCUCUCCCAUGCACUCAACCACACCCUCCAGAGGACCAGCCCCAGCGAGGAGUACUGGAGGCUCUACGUGCUGAAGCUGUCAGAUGAUAUUGGAAACUUCGGGGAGGUACGACUGCCCCUCCUUGGCUGCCUCGGUGUCUCCUGGGUGGUCGUCUUCCUCUGCCUCAUCCGAGGGGUCAAGUCUUCAGGGAAAGUGGUGUACUUUACGGCCACAUUUCCCUACGUGGUGCUGACCAUCCUGUUCAUCCGCGGUGUGACCCUGGAAGGAGCCUUCACGGGCAUCAUGUACUACCUGACCCCACAGUGGGACAAGAUCCUGGAGGCCAAGGUAUGGGGGGACGCCGCCUCCCAGAUCUUCUACUCACUGGGCUGCGCGUGGGGCGGCCUCAUCACCAUGGCGUCCUACAACAAGUUCCACAACAACUGUUACCGGGACAGUAUCAUCAUCAGCGUCACUAACUGCGCCACCAGCGUCUACGCCGGCUUCGUCAUCUUCUCCAUCCUGGGCUUCAUGGCCAGCCACCUGGGUGUGGACGUGUCCCGCGUGGCAGACCACGGCCCUGGCCUGGCCUUCGUGGCGUACCCCGAGGCCCUCACACUGCUGCCCAUCUCCCCGCUCUGGUCCCUGCUCUUCUUCUUCAUGCUCAUCUUGCUGGGGCUGGGCACUCAGUUCUGUCUCCUGGAGACGCUGGUCACGGCCAUUGUGGAUGAGGUGGGGGAUGAGUGGAUCCUGCAGAAAAAGACUUAUGUGACCUUGGGCGUGGCUGUGGCUGGCUUCCUGCUGGGCAUCCCCCUCACCAGCCAGGCAGGCAUCUACUGGCUGCUGCUGAUGGACAACUACGCGGCCAGCUUCUCUUUGGUUGUCAUCUCCUGCAUCAUGUGUGUGUCCAUCAUGUACGUUUACGGGCACCGCAACUACUUCCAGGACAUCCAGAUGAUGCUGGGAUUCCCACCACCCCUCUUCUUCCAGAUCUGCUGGCGCUUCGUCUCUCCAGCUAUCAUCUUUAUGAGGCAACUAAGGCACCGAGAUGUGAAGUAAUUGACCCAAAGUUACACCGCUUCUAAGAGGCGGAGCCCUCGUGCGAAUCAGGUAUUCCGAUCUGGAGCCUGUGUGCUGGGCCCAUGCUACACUAAAAACAAGUGCAGGAGGAAGAGGGAUCUAUGGACUAAAAAACCCUCUGAUUUUGCUCCCUUAUGCUCAGGGUGAGAAGUGGGGGCAAAAGGGAUUUGCUAGUGUAAUGGUCCCUCCACAGAGAAGAGGCAUGGCCAUCUCUGAGUGACAGAAGGGUCAGUCCAGUGACCAGUGCAGUGUCCGGAGUCGUGCCCCCAUCAUGCCAGCUCCUCUGUGCCACAGAGAGGUCAGCACCGGAUUUCCACUUUGGCUUAUGUUUCUGAAAAAAAAAAAAAAAAAAAAGGCCCCUGAGGGCUGAGGCCUCCAUCACAUGGGGUGUGGGAUCUUCCCGAGCCUGGCACAGGCACCACCUCUGGCCACUGGCCCAGCUUUGAAACAGGAGGAGCGGAAGUCUCCUGCAAGCGGUGGGAGGUGGGGAGGGCAGACACCAGGGCCAAGUGCUGUGCCCUCAAGGGUUGUGGCUCUGGCCCAGGACCUGCCCCCGGGGAGCUCAUCCUCCACGGGAGGCUCCUGGGAGGCUGCUGCCCUGCAGAGAGACCCAGGGCACUGCCUAGGCAGGGCAGGAGGCAGGAAGGGGCCUGGGUCCGGUGUCUCUGUGAGACCGAGGCAAAGCCGGCAGCGCCCUCUCUGUGCUCAGAAAGCCAGGCUGGAGUCACCUUCAGGUGAGGAUGCCAGGCUCUGUGGACACGUGUUUCUAGGCUCUUGGUUUUCUUUGCGGGCUUUACUUCUUUAUAUUGCUGAAAAGGUCUUUUUUGACAAACUCCAUCCUUCUAUCAGCUCAAAUAAAGAAUUUACCCAUGGGACUUCCUAGGUGGCGCAAUGGUUAAGAAUCCGCCUGCCAAUGCAGGGGAAACGGGUUUGAGCCCUGCUCUGGGAAGAUUCCACAUGCCACAGAGCAACUAAGCCUGUGUGCCACAACUAUUGAGCCUGCACUCUAGAGCCCCUGAGCCACAACUAUUGAGCCCAUGUGCCACAACUAUUGAAGCCCAUGCGCCUAGGGCCCAUGCUCCGCAACAAGAGAAGCCACUACAAUGAGGAGCCCGCGCACCUCAAUGAAGAGUAGCCCCCGCUCGCAGCAACUAGGGAAAGCCCAUGUGCAGCAACAAAGACCCAACGCAGCCAAUAAAUAAAUUAAAUAAAUAAAUAAAUUUAUUUUAAAAAAAAAAGAAUUUAUCCACACCUUAGAUCAGAAUCUAACUCCACUCAGGAGACUUGCUAUAAGCUCCUCCGUGUGCAGCAUCUCAGGAGGCCCCCCUCCCCCGCAAUGGAUAUGGGUGCUGCCUUCUAGAAUUUGGUCACCAGGAAGGCUGGAGGGGCCUGAGCUCCAGGACGCCACUGAGGGCUCCGGGUGGAUGCUGAGCUCUCGUGGCAAGUGGCACCCGCUGCCCUGGGCCCUCCGCGUGGCCCGUGAGCCACCUGCCCGUCUUUCUGCUCACUUUAGCUUUUUGUUGUUGCUGCAGCCCCAGGCUCUACUUCCCAUGUCCCUCGUCUCUUUCUGGAGCAGUUCCCGAGAGCAUCCCCAGCCCGGUGCUCGUGAUUUCUAGCCUUUGGAGCCUCCCCAGGCUGUGUGUCGCCGUCCCGACAGCCACAGACUGGCAGGACUUUGCCCGUUCCUCUGCCCCACUGCCCCCAUCUCCCUGUAUAAGUCAGUUCAGUUCAGCAUGUGCGACUGUGCCAGGCACUGCGCUGCGCACUGGAGACCCGGAGCUGAUGCGGUCCCAGGAGCUCCCAGGUCUGGAAGAAACACGCACAGAAUGCUCAGUAGGUGGAAAAUGCCACUAAAGCCCGUUCAGGAAGAGGAGACGGGAAAUCAGUGGAGCCUUCUUCGACAGAGGAAGCUGCAGAGGAGGAUCCCCCAUAGUCAGAAGGGUGGAAAAUGCUGAGUGUGGAGAGACACUGAGACAGGAAGGCCGGCGAGAUAAGCUGAGGUCUGGACGUGAGGCGGAGAAGGCCCUGAAGGCCAGGGAUUUGGCCUUACUUCAGCAGGCAGUGGCGGGGCCCCUGCGAGUCUUUGAGCCAAACUGACUUCCAAGGGCCACAGCAGCUGAAUGGUUCCCUGGCUGGUUCAGGGUUAUGCAGAAGACAGACCUCUCCCCUUCUGCAGCGGCCACCUGCCCAUCAUACCCUGGACCUCCGGUUCCAUCAGCUUCUUCCGCUACCCAAACGUUGAUGUCGCGCCUGCCCUCCCCAAAAUGCCUCUUUCUAGUUUGGGAAACUGGAGGGGGAGGCAGGGGUGCUGAUAGGAGACCUGAGGCCUGGGUGGGGCGGGGCGGGACUCA